AUCAACCCCUUUUUUACCGCAUAUCGUUAUCGGUUUGUUAAUUAGACCCCCUAACCUAGUUAUUCUCGACCAUCCGAUUUAAGUCGGAAGGUCCAGAUAGCCCUAGACCUAAACCCAUGUAAUAUAUAUAGAACCACUUAGCCAAUCAGACCAAAAACCUAGGGAUCCUAACUUGUCACAUCCACCGCCGCCACCACACCUAAUUUUUUUUCAUCGGGCCAACCCACAGCGUCUCCUGCCUCCUCCCAUCCCGUGAGCCGUCCCGAGAUCCCGUGUCCUCUGCAGCUGUGCCCCGUGCAUGGAGCAGAGCUCCACCCAGCCAUGGCCACGACUUGAGGUGCCGGCCAUGUGUCGUCGCCGCAUAGAUCCAGGUCGGCGGCCUCGGAUCCGUCAGCCCGUCCCUGCCAGCACCGCCUUGCCUACCUGCCAUCGGCCGAGCCCCGAGCUCGCCGCCCGCCGCUGCUCCAACCUCCCGCUCGACCCCUAACGAGGCAUGUCCACCCCAUCCCGCUGGGAAUGGGUCUCUGGACCCAGAUCGGCUCGGUUCCGGUCGGUUUUCUCGCGACCCCGUGGAGCGCACCGCCGCCGUGCUUGUCCCUGCUCGGGUUCGAACAGAGCUCAAGCUCUAGGAGCGUUGACCCGUGCGCUCCUCUCGCUUGCCUCACCCUUGCAGCAGCACCAUCCCGCGGCCCCGAUCUCGCCUCAUGCCAUGGUCCUCUCGUACCCCAUCCUUGUUGCUGAUGCGUUGACCCCGAGCUCUGCCCAUGUGCAGCCAUCCGCACCGCCGCCUGCAGCUCUAGUCGGGCCCGACCACGCCCCACAUCUGUCGUGCGCCUCCUGUCCAUGACCGAUGUCGUCCUGUUUCAUCUCUAUGAAGUUUGAGACCGUCAAGUUUUCGACGAUCCGAUGAUGCGCCAAGUACCACUACCGCCGACCUCUGAAGACCGAGGAUUUGCCAAGUUCCUCUCCAACCGUGUACGACUACCAUUGACGUGGAACCGCCAAGACCGUGUGUACCACUACCAUUGCCGAAGACCCGGGUACCACUACUUCGACUACCGUCGCGGGAAGCACUACUUCCACGACGUCCACGAUGACCCAUGUACAUCUACACCGCAACAACUCGAAUCGCUCCGAGACGCACGCUUCAAAGGAGCCAUGCUAGUUGCACUUUGUCCCUCUUCUUCCGUGCCCCCGACACAUGGGAACUCGGUAACCGAGUUCCGAACCGCUUCGGAGUGUCAGGAUCCGUUCGACUGCGUCGGUUGGUCUGCUUCACGGAGUCGUUCUUCUUCCAAGCGGGAUCUUAGUUGCAGGUACAGGUAAAGAGUUGAUAUGACGUGAGUGCGU